UCGACAGCGAACGACGGUUCGGCGGUACGGUUCGGCCGAUGGUGGUGGUGCUGGCGAAGAAGAAGGCGGAGUACUACGACCCGCGGCCCUACGAUGCCGACGACGAUGUACUACCCGAGGACAAUCAUCCUUCUGAGCGUACUAGCGUUGAUUUCGGUCCUCCUUGGUCACGUUGACGCCGCCGCAAGGACAAAAGCCGAGGAGUCGGCCUCGUCCCGCGGCUCGGCCGGCAGACAGAAGGAGGCCGAGCCGGUGAUCGAGGAAGUCACUGCCAAGCAACUCGAACGGCUCCUCAACGAGAAGGACUUUGUUGCCGUGUAUUGGUAUGCCCGAAGUUGCACUACAUGCGACAAAGUCCUGGCCGAAUUGGAGAAAAUCGACGACGAUACAGACCACUUUGGAGUCGACUUUGUCAAGAUCAACGAUAAACGAUUGGCGAAACAAUAUGGCAUCAAAAACUUUCCGGCUCUUACAUAUUUCCGCGAAAAAGAACCAAUCAUAUAUGAUGGUGACUUGAUGGACGAAGAAAAUGUACUAGAUUUUCUUACGAGUUUAGAAGCUAUGGAUCUACCAGAUCGUAUCGAAGAAGUUAAUGCAAAAAUUCUGUCGAAGAUUGUUGAGGAAACGGACUUCGUGGCAGUCCUCUUCUGUCCAAAUACGGAGCGGUGUGCAGGCACCGGUUCUAACAAACCAGACUGCAAAAAGUGUCUCAAGGCCUUACAAGAAUUAGAGAAUAUCGACGACGAAGCCGAUCAAUUGGGCAUUGGUUUUGUAAAGAUUGCGGACGAGGAACUAGCGGAUGAGUAUAAUCUCGGUCCUCUCCCAGCUCUUGUGUAUUACAGGCAUCAAAUUCCAAUUAUUUACGAACAUGAGUUGAGUAGAGAAGAAGAUGUGCUGGAAUGGCUGGUAGCGAACAAGAGCACGGGAGAUGAAGAAGAUAUUAUCGAAGAUGUAACCGCCAAGACAUUGAACACACUAAUUGGAAACAUUGACAAUUUAGUCGUUCUGUUCUAUGAUCACGGUGAUGAAGAAUCUAUGCAGGUCCUAAAUGAACUAGAAAAGAUCGAUGACGAUUGUGAUAAGCACGGUAUUCAAUUCGUGAAGAUCGACGAUGAAAAGGCGGCGGAAGAAUUCGGAAUCGACGAUUUACCGGCGAUCGUCUAUUUCGAGAAGCAGAUUCCGAAUGUUUACGACGGAGAUAUAGAAAAUGAGGACGAAAUUUUGGAGUGGCUGUUGUCGCAACUCGAAAAGGAUGAGAUAGAAGACGUCACCGAUGAGAUGCUGGAUCGUCUCAUCAAGGAUGGAAAGACCAUAGCUGUAUUGUUCUACGACAAUAACGAUCGGAAGUCUCAAAGAGUUCUUAAUGAAUUGGAGAACAUUGACGAUGAAUGUGAUCAGCUCGGCGUGACGUUUGUGAAAAUUGACAACGCGGAGGAGGCUAAGGAAUACGGCAUUCAGAAAGUACCUACAAUGCUCUACUUCGAGAAAGGCAUUCCGAUGGUGUAUGAGGGCAACCUCGAAGAUGAAGAGAAAGUGUUGAAAUGGUUGGAGCAACAGCAAAAGGCUGACCAGAUUGAGGACGUCACUGACGAAAUGCUCGACAUGGUUAUAGACAAGAUGCCUCAUGUAGCCGUUCUUUUUUAUGACAAAGAUCAAAAGAAGAGUCAAAAGGUGUUAAGUGAAUUGGAGAAUAUCGACGAUGACUGUGAUCAACACAACAUAGCCUUUGUGAAGAUCAGCGACUUGGAUGAGGCAAAAGAAUAUGGCAUAGACACGCUUCCCACUUUGGUGCUCUUUGAACGAAAGAUACCACACAUUUACGAUGGCGAUCUCAUGAACGAAGAUCAGAUACUGGGCUGGUUAUUGCAUCAGAAAAAACACGCCGAGAUCCCGGAAGUAACGGACGAAAUGGUCGAAAAGCUCGUAGAAACCUCGCCGUACAUAGCAGUCCUGUUUUAUGAUAAGGAUGAUAAGCAGGACAUGAGGGUCCUGAACGAGUUGGAGAACAUAGACGACGAGCUGGAAAAGGAGGGAAUCAUCAUCGUCCGUAUAGAUAACGACGCCGAGGCCAAGGAAUAUGGUAUCGAUCAUCUUCCAACCCUGGUGUAUUUUGAAGAUAAAAUCCCGGCAAUAUAUGAGGGCGAUCUACUGAACGAAGACGAAGUCCUCGAAUGGCUGAUAGAACAGAAGAAUAGCGCUACCAUCGAGGAAGUCACAGACGAGAUCCUGACGGAUCUCAUAGAGGAGCAUGAAUACGUUGUGGUAUAUUUCAGUGGAAGUUGCGACGAAGGAGAAAAAUGUGAUAAUAUUCUCGAAGAUUUGGAGAAUAUUGACGACGAGCUGGAUGAAACGGGUAUUAUAUUCGUUACUACCGAAGACACCACCACAGCAAAGAAGUAUGGCAUUAAGCAUUUCCCAACUCUCGCUUUCUUCCGAAACAAGGAUCCGCUGAUUUAUACUGGCGAUCUCGAUGACGAGGACGAAGUAUUGUCUUGGAUCACUGAUGAGGAUACUUUGGAAAUACCAGGAAAAAUCGAAGAAGUCAAUGCUAGAAUGCUGGAGAACAUUCUCGACGAGAACGAUUAUGUCGUCGUCUUUUUCUAUAAAGAAGGUGAUAAGAAGAGCCAAAAGAUCUUGCAAGAGCUUGAAAACAUCGAUGACGAGUGCGAAGAGAAGGAGAUUGACUUUGUAAAGAUUUCCGACGAGGGAAUCGAAAAAGAAUAUGAUCUUCCGGGAUUACCAGCGUUGGCAUUCUAUAGACACAAAUUCCGGCAGAUCUAUUCAGGCGACAUGAUGCACGAGGAAGAAAUUUUAGAAUGGGUCCUCGAGCUUCGCACAACAACACCGGAUGUUAUCGAGAGCGUCGACAGAAAGACAUUACAAGUACUUAUCAACGAUGUUGAGCAUCUCGCCGUGUUCUUUUACGAUGACAAAUGUGAAUCCUGCGCGGAUAUUCUCGAAGAAUUAGAAACGAUUGAUGAUGAUACUGACAAACACGGUAUUCAAUUCGUCAAAUCAAACGACGCUAAAUUGGCAGCUGAAAUCGGCGUUUUCUCCUUCCCGGCUCUCGUUUAUUACGAGACCGGAGUUCCCAUCAUGUACGACGGUAAUCUUAAGAACGAGGACAGAGUUCUGGAAUGGCUAAUCGAACAGAAAAGUAAAGAUAAUGAUGAUGAUUACGAUGAUGAUGAUGACGAUGAUGAUGAUGAUGAUGAUGAUGAUGGAAACGACGAAGACGACGACGAUAACGACGACGACGAUGACGAAAACGACGACGAUGACAAUGAUGAUGACGACGAUGAUAAUGAUGAUGAUGAUGAUGAUGAUGAUGAUGAUGAUGAUGACGAUGAUGAUGAUGAAGAUGAUGAUGAUGAUGAUGAUGAUGAUGAUGAUGAUGACGAUGAUGACGACGACGACGACGACGACGAUGACGACGAUGAUGAUGAUGAUGAUGAUGAUGAAGAUAACGACAAAAAUAAUAAAAAAUUAAACAAAAAUCUGAAGAAAAUCCUGGACAAAGGCGACGGCUGUUUCUACAUCGGGAUGGGAGGUAAAAGCGCGAAACCCAAGAUUCCCUCCUAUGAGCCCUACCAGUGCUGUCCCACCAAGCUCGGCCACGGCACCAAGGUCGCCAAGGUCACCAAAAUCGGCCCGAUUACGAAGGACAAGAGCAAAUUUCGAGGUACCGGUAGAACGGAUAAGCCACUACUGCCGGCUUUGAAGCCGAUAAACAAGCUCACGGCCAAGGAGAGCAAAAAAUCAGCGACGAUAUCGAGAAUCGACAACGACGCGAAGGAAUCCAAGUCCAAGGCCAAAAGGGGAUUUUUCGGAAGCGGUAAUCUCCUCGACGAGACUGAAGUACUCGAAUGGAUGGUCAAACAAAAAACUGAUGAGAGCAUUGAAGAAAUCGACCGUGAGACUCUCAUCAGAUACAUUGAGACAAAAGAAUUUCUCGCUGUCAUAUUUUACAAAGAAGAAGAUCCAGAAAGUCCGAGGGUACUUAGGCAUAUCGAAUUAAUUGAUGACGAAGCUGCGGAAUACGGAAUAAAGAUCGUCAGGAUGAAAGAUCGGCUAAUGGCGAAGAAAUAUGGUUUUCGAAAUCCACCAGGCAUCACUUAUUUUCGCAAGGGUAAGAAUAUCAAUUAUGAUGGUGACAUUGAUGACGAGGAAGAGAUCCUCGACUGGUUGACCAAUCCGGAGAAUAUGGAACUUACUGAUCACAUAGAACGUAUCAACAAGAAGAUGUUUCAGAAAGUCCGACAAACGACCGAUUAUUUAGCCGUAUUUUUUUACAGCAACGACUGCAAACAGUGCGGCCGGGUAUUGGCAGAAAUCGAACAUAUCGACGAUGAAGCUGACGGCGCUGGUAUUAAAUUCGUCAAAAUCGACGAUAAACAAUUAUCUAAGCAAUAUGGUGUUUUCGCGUUACCUGCUAUACUAUUUUUCAAGAUGGGAUCGAAGGAACCAGUUAUAUAUGCAGGUGAUCUGUAUGACGAGGAGCAAAUUUUGCAGUGGUUGAUGACACAAAAGGAUCCAUCGGGUGAAGUAAUCGAAGCUCUGGAAGGCGAAGAUCUUUUAAAUUUGAUACGAGAAUCGGAAUCUUUAGCCGUAUAUUUCUGGAACAGAACGCUUUGCGACGUGUGCCAAUCAAAAACGUACCGCAAGCAGAUGCGCCACAAGGAGCACAAGAGCGCGGAACAUGCAGAGGCGGCCGAACACCUCGAUGAUCCUGACGACUGUGCGCAAUGCGUGACGAUACUUGAGGAAUUGGAGAACAUUGAUGACGAUUGCGACAGACAUGGCAUUACAUUUGUGAAGACACAAGAUUUCAAGGUUGCUGAAGAUUAUGGGGUGACCGAUUUACCAGUAUUAGUCUACUUCGAGAAUCAAGUACCGAAUGUGUUCGCAGGUGAUCUCUCUGUGGAAGAAGAGGUGUUACAGUGGCUGAUUACUCAAAGAACGGAAGAUCGGAUUGAACUAAUCACACGAGUAAUGUUAGAAACGUCUGUUGAGGAGACUCAAUAUUUAGCAGUUUACUUUACUAAGCAGAAUUGUCACAUAUGUGACGAGAUUCUGGAAGGUUUGGAAAAAAUUGAUGACGAAUGCGACGUAUUUGGAAUUCAUAUGGUGAAAAUUCAGGAUUCGCAGUUAGCGAAGCGAUAUUCGAUCAAGACGUUCCCGGCUCUCGUUUAUUUCCGAAAUGGCAAUCCUCUUCUCUUUGAAGGAGAUCUCCAAAACGAAGAAUCCGUCCUCGAGUGGCUGAUCGACGAUGACAAUCGAGAAUUAGCCGAUGAAAUAGAAUCCGUUAAUGAUAGAAUGCUAGAGAGGCUCCUCGAUGAAUCUCCUUUCCUAGCCGUUUUCUUUUAUGACGAAGAUUGUCCGGAAUGCGAUGAUAUUAUGGAAGCACUAGAGAAAAUCGACGGCGAAGCCGAUCUUUUUGGAAUCGACUUCGUUAAGAUCUCCAGUUCAGAGGCUGCUGAAAAAUAUGGCAUUCUUAACGUUCCGUCCCUCGUGUACUUCCGAAAGAAAACGCCACUCAUAUAUGACGGCGAUCUUACACAAGAAGACAAAAUCCUGCAAUGGCUCACUUCUCAAGAUGUGUUUGAGAUUAAGAAUGAAAUCGAGGAAGUUAACAGAAAGAUGCUAGACAAAUUGUUGGAUGAGAAUGAGUUUCUCGCAGUCUUCUUUUAUGAACACGAGAGCCAUGAAAGCGAGGAAGUAAACGAGAAAUUGGAAGAAAUCGACGACGAAACCGAUAAUCUAGAUAUUACAUUCGUCAAAAUGGCAGAUCCUAGAUACGCUAGGAAAUGGGGAGUUACCAAGCUUCCCGCGAUUGUUUAUUUUCGCAAACGAUUCCCUAGUAUCUACAGAGGUGAUUUGCACAAAGGACAAGACGUUCUCGAGUGGUUACGCAAGAACAGAUAUCGACAGCCGGAACUAAACAUCUAUAUGUACAUGCUAAUUGCCAUCACCAUUCUCUUUCUCAUGUAUACCGGUUUUCUACUAUCGUGUUUCCGCUCGGAGCCCACCGCACCCGUCGUACAUCCCAAACAGGCGUGAACACACGAAAAUAUGCAAGUGACAAAUAAAGUAAAAGACAGGAUCGUGAACACUUGCGCCUGUGUGUGCCCGGUAUCUUUCAAUACUCUCGCUGAUUCCCGAUUACGUGUGGAUAGGUUCGUCCGGAACGAACGAUCUAACAGCGUUUAGAACAAGUAACGAUGACCGCUAAAACGGAAAUGGAAGAUAAUGAUCUACCUGCGAGAGUGUUUGGACCGCUGUCAAACGUUAAAUAAUAUCGCGUGAAAGAGA